CUCCUAUGAAAUCUUCUACCGCGUGGUCUACGACACAUCAGAGCUGUUGCGGAAUAUCCCCGUUGGACCUGAUGAAACACUCAUUUCCCCUGUGAUUGAAUGUGGACCACAUGAUAUCAGAUUUUUAAAGCCUUUGGAGAUUAUAAUUCCACAUUGCCUCUAUAUGGGUAAAGCAAAAAAGGAAUGGAUAACUGUCUACAGAACCGACCCAGGUAAUCGAAAAAUCCCUGGGCUUAGUAUUUUCAGCUGAAUUCAAAGAAAAUACAUUUAAGACUUAAGAUCUUGAGGACUUACACUUUUGUGAGCCUUACAUUUUCGGAGUUUGUUUAGGGUAUGGAGUUACAAAGAAGAUGAGAGCUCUCGGUUCCCAUCGCUGUGGUCCGGUUUCUAUUCAUGAAUCUGGCGUCACAUGUGGUUGAGUUUUUCGUUGCUUCUCCUCCACGCUCCCAGAUGUUUUCUUUGUGAAAGUUAUUUUCCUUCUUUGGCAAAAACCAAGACACAAAGUUCAAUCGACUUAACGUAGCCCUAAUCCUGAGAGGAACCUCGUGGAUUUCCACUGCAGAGUAACCCAACUUAUUCAUUUUACUUAUAUAUUUUCACCCCCAUCUCUUUCGGGUAGAUAGGACUGAUGUUCGUUAUGCUGUUACUUUACUGAUGAUUCUUUCAUCAAUUUUUUUUAAAGAUCUCACCAAGUGGGAGAAAAUCCCUAGCAAAUCAAAAAAAACACAUAUGUCGAGGGCAUGGUUCACAGCAAAGGAGGACUCCAUUCAUAUCAAAACCAUGAAAUUCUGUUUCUGGUGCGUAUUUUGUCGUCGUAGGACACCGAGGAAGAAAAGAGCCACAGUGUUCGCUAGUAAACCGAAUCCCAGACGAAUCCCAGAUCUCAUUUAAUUCAGAUUCUACAUUUACAGUGACAACAGGGAUUCUUCGAGGGUAAGUAAUCGUUUAAGUAGGAGUGUAUUUUGGUUUCAAGCCGAGGCAUCCACCAAAUCACGCUUACCGUGAGACGAAAGCACAAGUAUGUACAUAGUAGUCAAUUAGCCUCUUAUUGCAAGAGCUUAACCUACUCUUAUGAUGAUGAACCGACAAGGACUGUUAUUAUUCCUCUUGUGCGGAUGUAACCUAACUAUAGGCAUCUACCCAGUCCUAUCCCUUUAUGUGGCAAGUGAGUUGCAUUUGUCCAACAAAACAUUAAAAAUAAGGUUUCGUCUGAAACUUAAAGAAUAACACCCUUUCAUCUAGUCACUCUUUUUAUCGCACGAUGUACCACCUUUCUGAUCCAUAUAUCUUGCUUUUACAAGCGAGUGGAGACGCAAGAUAGAAAGCGGUCUCCUGGUUCAUGGAAAGGAAUGGAGAAAACCUUCACAAUGUACAACAACAGCAAUAACAUAACCGUGAAACUUGUGAUGGAUCCUGGGAAGGGCUGGGAAUUAGACGACACACCUGGUGAGCAGGUGAGGAAAACAACAUGGGGCUGGGCUCAGUAAUGAGUUGUGAUGAAACAUGUUUACCUCUGAUAACCUGAACUGAGGCUAAUAGGCCCUUGGUGGUUGGUCGACGAUCUUCCCCUCAGUACACAUUGCAAUAAACAAAAAUAUUAUCAUUUAUGUUUGAUAAGUUACUAGCAAGUCCCUCCCUCUCUCCCCAAACAACACCAGCACCAGGCAACAUUGAGAUGGAAGGGGGGGGGGGGGGGGGGGAGGGGGGAGGAGGGGGAGAAAUUUAUACAGACAGUUGAAAACAUUAAAAAAAGAAGUAGAGUGUGCCAAAACUUUUGCCCCUCACUAUAGUUACUUUGCAUAAUAAUAAGAAACUUCUGAGUUGUCAAUUAUGUAGCCUUCCGAUUACCUCUGAAAGUAGGUGUCUAAACAAUGCACUUUGAAAAACCUCUUGCACAUCUAUUGCAAGUGUUUCACACCCGAUUGAUGCAGUGUAUAACUCAAUCUGUGAUUUUUUGCAGGUGUACAUCUGCGAUGAUUCCCACGGCGGUGGAUUUCGCCAUAUAAAUCCAUGUGCUUUUGCAGUAAAACCAGUGAAAGGUCGAGAAGUAGAAGAGUUCUCUUGUAAUAUAACGUUCCAGCAAGAGGGUCAUGAUGUAGAACAUCCAAUCUACGUAUACCCUGGCUUUUCAAUUAAGGAGGUAAUUCUGCAUGUAGCUGACACGAUCUGAUUUCGCAUAAAGCCAGUGAUAUAGGUUACAGUUUUCUUUGAAAAUAAAAAGAAAGAAAAAAAUAACAAGAAAGGAAAAAACACAAAAUCGAACCAAAUCUAAUGUAACUUUCAGCUCAAUUUUUUCUUGCAAAGUUACAAUCACCACUCACUUUCUUCAACAUUAUCAGCUUAGCCAGGCCAGUGAAGGUCGAUCUACAUGUAAAAUACAUAUUUUUGCUAAUUAUAAGCUUCCUACCUCGUAUUUGCCCUUCCAGUUAUAACCCUAUAUGUAUUUGGUCAAAACCACUAGUCUGCCUCGUGACAUCACUGGCCUGGACUCUAUACCUAGUUUGCAGCGUUGUCUAAAUGUUAACUUCCUUUUCAGCCGAGCUUUUAGUUUGUUGCCCCAUCAAUGUAGUUUUCUUUUUUAUCUUUAUAAAGGAGUAAUGAAUAAAAUAUUUAUCCAUCUUUAACUUUAAUGCAGUUUUAAUCAGCUGUCAUUAUUAACGAUAAUUUUCAUUUUCUGUGAAACGCAUUAUGUAAUUUGUACUAUGUAAACUCUAAUUAUUAAUAUUAUUACCAACUUAACAUUGUGCACUUUAAUAAGCUUCCUCGGUUUAAUUGUCAUUGACAGAAUAACCACAAAAUCUAGUGAAGAUAAUAAAUAUCAUAAAGUUGGAAAGCCUCGAUUAACCUUGCAAAGUCAAGCUGCCGAGUUCGAAGCCCAAAACUUUUAUUUUAGAAAUAAUUAUCGCGGAACUUAAUACCCAUAAAAUUCAAAUUUAAAAAAAAGAUCAACAUGUAAUAAGAGCAACACACACACGUUAUGUAUCGACAAAUACUCAAAUGUUCAACUAGUUUUACUGGUAUGUUCCAUUGUGUAUCUCGUGUAAUGCAUGUUGUGUAAUGCAUCUUGUGUAAUGUUAAUGUUAGUGAUCUUCACACAUGAAUCGUAAAUUUCAUACAAAUUCCUGAUAAUAUCUAUCAUGCAGUCCUCAAAAUUGCCAUUAACUCGUUUCUCGUAGAUCUCUUUCACAAGUUUCAUGUAACGUUCCAACAGUUAUUCCGGUUUAUCUUGGAAUUUAAAAAGUUCAGACAUUUUGAAAAUAAAAAUGAAGUUGACAAUGCUUGAAUCGCGAAAUUCAAUGUCCUAUUUUCAUAUUAUCCUGUUGAAAUCGGGAAAAUAAAUCCCCGCGAAAUACUGUCUCGCCGAAAUCACGAAAUCAUGUACCUGCAAAUUAAGUACGAAUAAGGGAUAUAAAACUGUAACUUUAGUCUAAAGCGGUUUUCUUUGUUCUACCGAUAACUCUUUUCAAUAUUAAAAUUGUUGAACUCAAUAUUUAUGAAUUUCCGCUAUUUGAACAAUUUUGCAACUUUCACUUGCCCUCUUCAUUUUAGGCAAAUGCUCGUAUGCACUUCAACAGUGCAGCUGGAUGCUCGACUUCCUCAGCACCGGAAGAAAGUCACAGCGGCAACUUAGACGAACAACCAAACACUCCUCAAGGUACCUUCGUCAUCGUUAUCGCAACUAUAGCUACUAUCACGAGAAGGUGUCCAGUAGUUAACUCUACAAAUCAACACCUUCUACGAAUAAGCUUGUCUUUCUCUUGUCACCGGAGUAGUCUGGCUUUUCUCUCACGAACUUCCUUCAAGCUUUUAAACUCUCUGAUACAAAUAAUCAAGUGUUUGUGCUCUUUCUACUUUGUUGGGUGUUUUCGUUUUUUACAUUCUCCCUCAACUCCAAAUGAAAACGUCGUUACUUUCUCCUCACUCGUCCGCCGUUUUAUUUUAUCGUGCUUUCGCGACUUACCUGUCGAUCCUUUUCAUUUCAACAUUUUGCGCUCAAUUUCAAUUUUCUGCACUGUUUGGUGAUAAUUCACGUGUUCUUGGCUAGUCAGCAUGCUGAAAUUUUCGCAUGUAUAAAAUAGUUAAAUUGAAAAACCGUGCUGAUUCCAUUUUCGAACGUUUUAGGUUUGAAUGAAUCACGGUCGGUGAAUUUUACACCUCAAAGAACCGCAUCUGGAUGUUCGAAGUCCUCAACAUCGGAAGAGGGCGAAGGCGAAAGGAGCAACUUAGACGAACAAUCAAAAACUCGUCAAGGUACCUUAGUAAUCUUCAUCUCCAUCGUCGUAGCUAUGCCUACUAUCAUGAAAAACUGUCUCUUAAAUCUUUAAAUAAAUAUAAUAUCUGUUUCGAAUAAGCUUUCCACCCACCACAUAAACAUUUAAUUUUCCACAAAUUGACGUCAUCCUAUGAUGAUCUAUUACUGUGCAGACUCACAGCAACAUGGAAUUUAUUUGUUUUAUAUGAUAAAAAGCAUAAUGUUGUCAGUGGUGGCGUACUUCCAUUAUGGCGGUGCAGUGUAAGCACAUAAAACACAAAGUAUCUCCAAAUUUCUUCUUUGAUUCAGACUCGAAGCUCCUUAGCAGUUUGCGGGAUAAUGAAUCAUAUCUAGAGCGAGUAUGUAACCGUCUGGACACAAGUAUGGCGGGUGUUGGUGACUAUCGCAGUGUUUGUUCAUAUUAUGGUAUUGACGUUUAUCAAGUGAACGCAGUUUUCGAAAAGUACGAUGGCGGACCGUCAAAAGCCCUAAUAGAACACUUGGCAGCUUCACACGAACAGCUAACAGUUGCCGAGUUUUCAAGUUUGGUAAGAGAAAUUGCUAAGAGAGGUGACGUUGCCAAGAUUUUGGAAGAAUAUGAUAAUCAGUAGAAAAAAAUUUAAAGAGGUCAGCAUUAGUUCGAAGUAGUUUUUACAGAAUUUGAAGUGGGUAAAAUUCUCGAAAAGAAACGCUGAAUAAUUGCACGUUUGUCACAAAAAACAAUUCCACAGCAUAAUAAAUUUAGGAAAGAUAAACAAUCAAAAGUAUUUAGAAAGAAACACUAAAAAACAAAACGAACUGUAGUUUUCGGCAUGACUUACGAUAUUCAGCUUGUAAUGAAAUUAAUUUUACAAAGGUUAAGGACAUACCUAAAUUCAAGAAAAUAUGAGAAUGAUCACCAUUAUCAACCAACAAGUAUCGUUCAGUACAAUGUUUACCACUAGUGCUGUUAGACCACUGUAUCUUCUUUUUGGCCUGGUAUAAAUUGCAGCGAGAGCGAAAGGACAUAUGACAAUUUUAAGUAAAUAUGCUUUGAAUAACCUAGAUCAAAGUUACUUAGUUUCAAAACUAACACCUAUCCUAUUAAACCCUUGUAUUUUUUGACCUUCCUUAACUAUCAAAUAGCCAGUAAAAGAGAAGAAUUAGAUAUCCUCCCCCAAAAAAACAGCAAUAUAUUUAGUACCUACUGAGCAUUCAUCUGCAUUUGCCAAGUAAGCCAAGCAGCUUGUUAAAUACAUUUUAAAUAAUGACUUGAUGUUUAUAAUGCAAGUAACGUAUUCGAUUUAUGUCGGCAUUGUAAGUAGUAUAAUAAUCGUACAAAAUUUCUUGCGAGCAGCUCAUUGUAAGUAAUGUAUGCUGUUGCCAAAAAAAAUGUUUCGAUAUAGAUUUAUAGAUACAAAUUAGGUAUAUAGGAUUGAUCGCAACUUUGCUUAGCAUAAACAAGAAUAUUUUGGGGUAAUGAAGUUUGAAUUUGCAAGAGUUCUAAAAAAUGAUGUAGUAUUUACAACAACUUUCUUUUGAUUCGUUUGAUUGAAUAAGCGCCUCAAGAGGUAAAGAGAGCAUCCUAUUUUGUAAACAGAAGUUAUCUGCAUGUAACGUAGAUAGAUGUUUAAUUAGAGAGGUUUUGAUGUCAUCAUACUAAAAUUAGGUUAUUUUCAUCACCUACAUCAGUCAGAGAUUGAGAUGGUGUAUUCAGCACCAAGUAUACCAUGCAGUCGGUCAUUCCUAGAUAUUCAACCUUUAAACUCUCAAUAUCUGAUUAUUCAUUUUCCCCUCGAACUGCUACACAUUUCCUUGUAAAUAGUUAUGGGAAUUUGGCGUUAGAUCAAGAUAACAGCUUGAUAGGUUAAAGUUUUCUCGAUACCUGUUUGUAGGAUAAUGUAUAGAUAUUAUAGGGAGAAGCUCCAUGUUAAUCACUAUUGGGAGUCGAAGGAUUAAUUCAAACUGAUAUUCUUAACUAUUAGCUCCUUUCAACUCGGUAUGAAAUGUUUCUUUGGUUUGUGAUUAAGAUAAAUUUGACUUUUUAUAAUGUUGAGCACAUAUGCAA